UACAUUGGCUGACUAUUGCACAGGCUGUGGGGCCCAGGCGUGCUGAUUGGUCGUUGAUGCUAGUCCUCGCCUAGCGCCGAUACUUUGUUACAUUUUUUUCGCUCGACGUUGUUGACUUUGCGUUGAUCAGCUGCGCGGACGCAGCGCAGCUCAAACCCUAGCGGCUUGGUCUUUGGCAAUCAGUAGUGCUGAUCUCCGGCUACUCGUGUUCGGACAACCCCGUAAGAAGAGAAUUGCGGGGUGUAAAUCAGGACAGACAUUCUAAAAGGAUCAUUUCUGAUUUUGCGUCAUUCAGUGUUACGUGGGCUUUAACCUAGUGCCUCUGAAACACGGAGGUCUGGAGGAGCACUUUUUUUUGUUGUUGCGCUAAGUAUGAACGUUUAUUGAAAGCAACUGGAGGAAACAUUUCCAAUUUUGGGAUGUAUAUGUGAUCUAAAAGCAGCAUCGUAGCUCGACCUAGACGAAGAACUCAGCAGUUUAUUGUUGAAGAAUUUUCUUUGCAGGUGAACACUGUGACGAUUCGUUCGAUCCCAUUCUUUCUUUUUUUAAUUACCCUGCAGCUCGUCGCCUCCUCCUCAUAUUCCUCUCGAGCACAGGUCAUCGAAUGGACCCACAUCCCGGCGCCAGGAGCUUUAGUAGCCGCGGAGCCACAGCCUGCGAGGCCCUUCCCAACGAGCCGCCCAUGAAUUUGUUCAUCCAUACCACCACCGGCACCCGCUUUGAACUGUCCGUCCCUUCCGAGGAGACGGUGGAAGGACUCAAACGGAGAUUAUCGCAGAGGCUCAAAGUACCCAAGGAAAGGCUUGCACUUCUACACAAAGAGACGAGACUGAGUUCAGGGAAACUUCAAGAUUUUGGAGUGUCUGAUGGGAGCAAGGUAACUCUAGUUCCUACCGUGGAAGCUGGCCUCAUGUCUCAAGCAUCGAGACCGGAGCAGUCUGUGAUGCAGGCAUUGGAGAGCUUAACUGAAACUCAGGUGAGUGACUUCCUGUCUGGAAGGUCCCCCUUGACCCUGGCCUUGCGGGUUGGUGACCACAUGAUGUUUGUACAGCUGCAGUUGGCAGCACAACAGUCGGGUGCACAGCAGAUUCAGCAUCACCAUGUCAUUACUAGGGGAGAGACUGUGGGGUCAGCUGGAGCCACAACCUCAUCAACCAGUACUACACAUUCUGCUGCUGGACACACUAGAGUAUCGCAUCAUUCGCAUUCUCAUUCUGCUGCCACUGCCAGCCAAACGACACAACCCAGCUUCUCUCCCCAUUACUGUGCCCCAAGCCGCUCCUCGUCUGUUUCAGCUGGCAUGUUUGUCUCAAACCCAGGAACAACUUCCAGCAGUGUUGUCUCUCCUCCGGCAUCUCAGUCCUCCAGUCAAACAGCCCCGUGUCCAGAGACUGAUUGCAGUUCAAAAAGUGCAAGCAGCCAGAGUUCUACAGGGCGACCUCGGAAACCAGGUGCCAUUAUAGAAAGCUUUGUCAACCAUGCACCUGGGGUUUUCUCUGGGACAUUCUCAGGCACUUUACACCCCAACUGCCAAGACAGCAGUGGACGGCCACGACGGGACAUUGGUACCAUCCUUCAGAUUCUCAAUGACCUCUUGAGUGCCACACGGCACUAUCAGGGAGUUCCACCUUCUCUUGCACAGCUACGCUGUCAGACCCAGUGUGGCCCUGCUUCACCGUCCAGAUCCCCGCCACCCUCUCCUCCCACGGUGCUCGCAGGCCUUUCUGCUCGACCUACCUCAGUGGCUACUGCCAGCCAGCCUGGCCUGCACCCCUUGGUACAGUGCAAAAGCCAAAUCCGCAUGUGCAAGCCCAGUGGGGACCGCUCACGGCAGACCGAGAACCGUGCCACACGCUGCAAGGUGGAGCGACUGCAACUUUUGAUGCAGCAGAAGCGAUUACGCCGAAAGGCACGGCGUGAUGCCCGGGCUCCCUACCAGUGGCUGCCAAACCGCAAGUCUAGUCGUAGCAACAGCAACAGCAGUGUAUCAAGUGACGGCAGCCUAGAUUUGGACUUUGAGGAGCCGGUGUGGAAGCCAGAUGUGAAAGCGGACAUGAAAUCAGAGUUUGUGGUGGCAUGAUUGAGCUGAACGACUCCCCCAAUCCCCCACCCCCCCACCUACAAGUCUGCCUGCUUGCAAUAAGGCAGGGGAGGGGGGGAGAGAAAGAAAUUGAGAGAAAGACCACAGGUGGCCCCACGGGAGGGACUGCACUUCUUUUGGUGACCAAAAACUCGCACCGCCCCGUCUCUCUGCCUAUCGGCUGUGUAUCUCCUCCCCUGAUGGGCUGUGAUGACAGUAAUCUGGGACCACCAGUUUUAUCGUGUUUUU